GCCUCCAAAACAUGGAUUCCUCUUCUCAUCUUUCUCUGUUAAUCUCUUUUCCAUUCUCUUAGGCUCUCGAACCCUUUCGCGGGGGUCCCUUCAACGUUGCUGUUGAUUGAGGGACCCUCGUCUUUAAUUUUCUAAUUCUUAUUCAUUUAGCUAACCAUAUUCAUAUAUACACGAUCCAGAGAGAGAGAGAGAGAGAGACGUGUUUUUUGUCGUUGUUUCUCUGGCUGAAGAUAUUGUUUAGAAGAAGACUUCGUAGAUACUACCAUUUAUAAUUUUCUUGCACCACCUACAAGACUGCUACUUCUUGUUGGUUGUUUAUUUCAUAUCUAUAGGUGAAAAGCAUGAAUUGCUUCCCUUGUUGUGGCCAAAAGAAAAGUCAAAGUAAGAGGGAGCAUGGUUCACCCCCACCCGAACCUGAAAACAUGCCAGCAAAAGCACCAGAAAUGAAGAAACAAAAACCGGACGAGCUCGUCCCAGCGGAAUCUGUGAAUAUUAAAGUACAGAGUUACACUUUCCGUGAGCUUGCCACAGCAACAAAGAACUUCCGUCAGGAUUGCCUCAUCGAUGAAGGAGGAUUCGGCAGAAUAUACAAAGGGAUAAUUCCUGCCACAGGCCAGGUUGUGGCCGUGAAGCAACUCGACCGCAAAGGGAUGCAAAAUGGUAAUGAAUUUCUGAGCGAGGUUGCGGAGCUAAGUCUCUUGCACCAUGAAAAUCUGGUCAAUCUCAUUGGUUAUUGUGCCGAUGGUGAUCAACGUCUUUUGGUUUACGAGUUAUUUGAUGGGCGCACACUAGAAAAUCGUCUCUUUGAGAACAAAGCGGAUGAAGGUCCAUUAAACUGGUAUGACAGAAUGAAAAUAGCAGCGGCUGCUUCUAAAGGACUGGAGUACUUGCAUGAGAGUGUGAACCCCCCAAUUAUAUUCCGUGACCUGAAAGCGUCCAACAUCUUGGUGGACAAUGAUUUCAAUGCUAGACUACGUGAUUUUGAAAUGAGCAAACUUUCUGGUGGAGACAAGAUGCAUAAUGCACCUCCAAGGCUUAUGGGUACCUAUGGUUACUGCGCUCCAGAGUAUGGAAGAGCAGGUCAACUCACCAUGAAAUCAGACGUAUACAGUUUCGGAGUUGUCAUCCUAGAGCUCAUCACUGGACGAAGAGCCAUUGACACCACAAGACCAAACGAAGAGCAAAACCUAGUUUCAUGGGCACAACCGAUAUUCAGGGAUCCUAAAAGAUAUCCAGACAUGGCAGACCCGGUUCUUGGCAAGAAUUUCCCAGAAAAAGAUCUGAAUCAAGUUGUUGCAAUAGCAUCGAUGUGCUUACAGGAGGAAGCAGACGCUCGUCCUUUGAUCAGUGACGUUGUAACUGCUCUCAGUUUUCUUUCCACGGCUCCUGUUACUGUCCCUAGCAAGAAAGCUGAGAGUGAGACUGAAGUAAAACCUAGCAAGGCAAAAUCAAGAAGCAGAAGCAGCUCCAGAUCAAGGAAGGGGUCAGUUUCAGAUUCAGGAGGUGACGGAAGCGUUUCUACGAUCGGGAAAACCAGCAGGAAGAGCAGCAAAAAAUCUUCUGACAAAGAACUAAGCCAGAAGAGCAGCAAGAAGUCUUCUAAAGAUCCAAGCCAGAAGAGCAGCAGAAAAUCAUCGAUCAAAGAUUUGAGCAAAAAGCUAAGCAGUAGAAAAUCUUCUGCGAGAGUUUCGAGCCGCAACAGCAGCAUUACAUCGGAGGAAGGAAGCAUGUCCUCAAGCUGCCGUAGCAGCAGUGUGGUAUCUGAGGAUGAAGGUGUUAUGUCUCAGCAUAGCAGCAUGAGAUCACAAUCACGCGGGAACGUUUCUUUUGGCCUUACCAGCAGCAGAAGGUCAGAGAGCGUGCGUUCUGGAAGCAGCUACGGUUCUGAUGAGGGAAGCCUUCACUCACAAUAAUAAAAUAAAUUUAUCUACACUUGUCAUCAGCCAUGCUCAUUCUUUCAUAUGUUGUUAAUGCUUUCUAAUUUUUUGCCACUUUUACAACACCGUUCGUGUGAGCGAUGCAAGAUAAUAUGCGGGAUUCUUUUUUAAACUGCUACUUGAAAAUCAAGCGUCCUUAAUAUUUAUCUGUUUUGUUUAGUUGGUAUCGUGUACAUUUAUACUUUAUCUACCUUUGGUUCAAGAACUAGAGCCAAUAUCGGGCUAUUGUUGCCAUUAUUGGGAGUAUUAUCCCUCUUUGUUCCUUA